AUGGGGGCUCCCGGCGGGAAGAUCAACCGGCCUCGGACGGAGCUGAAAAAGAAACUGUUCAAGCGGCGGCGAGUGUUGACCCGGGAGCGGCGACAGAAGCACCGGGUGGUCGGGGCUGUGGUGGACGAAGGGCUGACCACGCGGCACCACCUCAAGAAGCGGGCGUCCAGUGCACGUGCCAACAUUACUCUGUCAGGGAAGAAGCGCAGAAAACUCCUCCAGCAAAUCCGGCUUGCCCAGAAGGAAAAGGCAGCCAUGGAAGUGGAAGCCCCUCCAAAGCUAUCCAAGACCAGUGAGCCACAGCCCAAACGCCGAAAGACAAAAGCCCCCCAGGAUGUCGACAUGGAAGACCUGGAAGACAAGAGCUAGCUCGCUCACCUCUUCUAUCACAAGUUUUCCACUGGUGCCAG